AUGUGUCAUAGUACCGCGGAUACUUCGGACUAUGGUUCUCGGAGUGCUUGAUUGAGGUCAUGAUCGCCAUCUGUAGUCAUUUUCCACCUGUUUUUAGGGUCUCUGUGAGUUGCGUGUCCCGGCCGGUGAGACCGGAGUUUUUCAAGAAACCUCGAUGACCCGGCCGAGCGAGGGCAUUAUUUUGUGUGGCGGAUGGGGCGCCAGUGCCCCGAUACCCCGCCCUUUCCGUGUCCCAACCUUGCGGUGAAAAAUGGCCGACGCUUGGCCCUUUCGGCCAUUCUUGUUCAGGGACCUCCCCAAAAUUCCUCAAAUACUCCCGCACCCCCGAAGGAGUCUUCUUUCUCCCACCUUCUUUCAAGCGCUCUCUUCUGUACUCCCGCUCUGGUCUUUCGCCGUACCUGAGUUGUCUUCGUUUGGUCCAGCCCAUCUUUUCGUUUCCUCAAAGACACUUCCCCUCCUCUCUACAUAA